CCUCAUUCCGGAACCGUCGCUACCACAACCGGUCAUAGUUUCAGUCGCAAUGGCUUCAAGGUUACUGCGGGGUGCCGGGGCUCUGGCCGUCCAGACUUUGAGGGCCUCUGGGCCGCUUCGGACGGCCACCCGCUCCAUGGCGAAGGGAGGAGGUAUCCCUUCUGAUGAGGAGCAGGCAACUGGCUUGGAGAGAGAGAUUAUGAUGGCUGCAAGGAAUGAUUUGGAUCCCUACAAUAUACAUGCCCCAAAGGCAGCUCCAGGGACUCAGGAGGAGCCCAAUCUGGUCCCUUCCAUCACUGACAAGCGAAUUGUGGGCUGUAUCUGUGAAGAGGACAACAGUGCAGUCAUCUGGUUCUGGCUUCACAAAGGGGAGACACAGCGUUGUCCUAAUUGUGGGACCCAUUACAAGUUGAUACCCCACCAGUUGGGCCACUGAGCCUCUGGAUUGGUUUACUUGAAAUGAAUUGUUGUAAUGUUUUCUUCCCGACAAUAAAAGACUAGCCAUUUCCCUGGCUGUCCCACAGUA